AUGGGUACCCUGCAGUUCCUCCCGCACGAGACAAUUCUUGAGAUACUUUCCCACCUGCCUCUGAAGGAACUCGAGACCGUCGCUAAGACCUUCAACCACCCCAUCACCGACAUAUGCAUCCCCCUCCUCCAACCACUUUUCAAGUCCCGGCGGGACAGGAAAGAUCUCGUCCGCGCCUUUGGCGAAUUCGGAGAGAGAUUUCCUGUGCCGCAUGGCCUAGAGUCUCUGGACCUGGAUUCGCCAGUGAGGAAGACUCUCAGCCUGUCGCGCAGGGACGUUAUCAAGCUGCCCCGCCGGAGACGCACUCUCGACCUGGAUUUCAUGGAAUUCAACGGAGACUUCGACUGGCUUAAGCCACUGCCUAGAUCAGUUGUAGAUGACAUGGCUGGCCACUAUCGUGGUCCGGCGAUCAUUGGCUCGGCACUUGAUGACCUCCUGUCGAGCGCGGAGCGUGUGGGUGUCACCAUCCCGCCCGCCUUUAUCAGGUUCUUGCAGAAUGAAGAACUCCAGUUGCGUAUCCCCUCACACCAUGCCGGCGCCUUUCAUUUAACCUCGGGGGGCUUGCUCAGGAUCCCCAAGUCGCGGAUCGGGGGUCGCGUGGGCUACGCCAUCGGUUUUCUCUCUUAUCUCAUAGAUGGUGUGAUGUUGUACCUUGAGCCGGGAAAGGAUGGAGUGUGCUCUGUAUUGACGGACAUGGAAGAUGAGUGCCCUUACGAGGUGGAUGGUGUAAACGUGCCCCAUGAAGAAGAGGACUGCCCUUACGUGACCCAGGAAGAGAGGGACGACUCGAAGGCGCAGAAGGUGGAGAUCCUGGCACAUGGCUGUACCCUUGAGCUGGUGGGGAUGGACUUUGAAACCUACCUAGCCAACUUGUAUUACACCGAGGUUCUUUACUGGGUAUGCAGACUUGAGGCAGAUACUGUUCCGGGGCUGGCCGAGUAUGUGAAGCACAUGCUCGUUGAGAGACGGGAGAUUCCGAAAAAGCCCAAGGAGAUCGAGGAGCUGGCCGAGGACGCGCGGAGGCAGACGAUUGCAGAUCUUUUUGAGUAG